AUGAAGUUAACAAGUAAAACCGGUUUAACUGCCAGCCCUACUAAAAAAAUACCAAAAUUUACCAAACCGAAAAACGUAUCUCAACUGCGAGCUGUUGCAAAACCUGCACCGUAUGUAUUAAAACCCUAUUCCGGUUUAUAUAAUCCGUAUUCGACCGGUUGUUCUUUACUUUGCAAUCAUCCCAUGGACAAAGAAGCCAAAGAACUCUUUAGAAGAGCCAAAGAAAAUUGGACAAGCGAAGGCCGAAGAAAUAUUUUGCAUGCAGAAGAAAUAGCAUUGAUUAAAGCCAAUUUAAAAACCCCUAGACCUCAUGUAUUGUCGCAAGUUGAAAGUGUUCCAGAAGAACUAUUUAGACGUUACACAGAAACAGAUUCUCGUCCAUUAACUCCAGCACCAACUCUAGCUAGUGCAGCUACAAGAGCUUCAGGUUCUAGAAGAUGUGUAACUCCAGAAGCCUGUACUCGACACCCAAAAGCUCAGUUAGUGCUAGAUUUAAGAAGAACCCAUAGUCAAGAAACCAUUUCUUAUAGUGCUUCACUUCACGAACCACCAUUAAUUCGGAUACAACAUGUUCCAACUCGAGCUGCCAGUUUAGAAGAAAUACCACAGCAUAGCAAUAAUGUAGGUUCUAAUCAUAGCUUACCAAUUCAGUCACCAAGAAAAGCUAAAACCGCUAUUAAUAAUAGUAGUAAAAUAAAUUUGACUGUUAUCAAAACUGAGAAACAGGAAGAUCAGGUCAGCGGUGAUAAUAAUGCUAAUCUUAAUGAAGAGGAGGAAGAUUUUAUUAAAAGACGUGGCAAAAAAAAGAAGAAAAAAGAACGAGAUGCUUCUAGAGGCCCUCCAGCCUUUCAAGCAUCACUAGAUCCAGAAACUCAAGUGGCAGCUAUCGGAACUGAUUCAGCGAAUCAUAGUGCUAGAACUUCUUUAGUUCCCAAUAAUACUUCACAAGACGCUUUGGAAGAAUCUAGUAAAAAUUAUAUAAAUAAAAACACAAAUAAUAAAUUAAUAAGAAGUCACAAAAGUUUGGAAAUUGACUCGUAUUUAGAUACAGAAAUCUUAAAGCAACUUCGCAGGGAAUUAAAUGAAGAAAUUGUAGAUAACGAGUUGAAUUUGAAGAGAAGAAAGGCUUUACAAGAAGCAUUAAAAGCCAUAUCAAAAGAUAAGUCUGAUUGUGAAGAAUUAAUUAAAUUGCAAAACGAACUUAAGGUGCCGUCUUUGAAUGCCGAUUUAUGGAUAACGUUGCCAAGAAAUUUUACAAGAUCAAGUGCGAGAUUUGAAUUGCCAAUGGACAGUAGAUCGUUAUCUACAAUGACCCCCAUCGCUUACAUUAGAGACCACGUUAGCGUUUCUUCAGAGAGAAAAUUAUUAUUCAAUUGUAUCUUCAAUAAGUUUAAAAUGGAAGCCGAUUUAGAAAACGAACACGAAAGAAAACUUUCUGGUAAAGCAUUACAAGACGCAUUGGAUCUUCUAAUGGGCAGACCAAUGAAAACUGAAGAAGCUUUCAAGUUUAGGAAUCUUGUUGGUUGGAAUAGUGAUGACGUAAUCGAUUUUCGGACUUUUUGUGGAAUAGCGGCGUUAUGUGAACGGAUUAUGGCUCCAUUUUAUUGUCGCAGGUUAGCAGACCGUAAGAGUGAUCCUUGUCAUGAGAUCGAAAUUGCGGAUUUUGAGGUUUUGGAUAGAAAAAUUAGUGGAAAAAUUAUUGAUGAGCGACUAAUUCAAAUUCUGAAUGAUAUUAAGACUCUGUGAUAAAUAAUUGGCUCACAUGAAGACACAAGCAUUUGGUAAAAUUUCUACAUUUUAUAUUUUCUGGGUGAUACCUCAUUAUAUUGGCAAGGAAACUGAAAAGUUGCAAAAGGCAACGAAAUAUUUUGCUUGAAGAAGACACAGAAACAGUUUAGGUUGGUCAAAUAAGAAUCCCUAGAC